AUGCAAACAAUCACGUGGUUUAUGGCUGUAGCUGUAUGCAUCGUUCGAAUGUUCAAUACAGAGAGUUGUAUAAUAGCUGCGAUAGUCCUCAAUUGUAUUGAUAGUGCACUCAUUGCUGGUGGUUGUCAAGCACUUGUGGCUUCUUUUUUUUCAUCCGAGUAUAUUGGUACUUUAACUGGAGUGUUGUGGACAUCAGCUGCUAUAGUGUCUUCAAUACAAUAUGGCCUUUUACCACUUGUUGAAGCUGUGGAUAAAGGUUGGAGAGUAAGUACAUCGCGAUCAAAAGUUCGACUAAACUAACGAAAAAUAAUUAAGGCAUGGGCAAUUAUUUUGGCUCUUGUCGUUGUUAUGAUCUCUCAUUGUAUACAAAUGUGGCUCCGGUAUUUCAAAGAACCUUCGAAGGUUGAUAGUAAUGGUGAAUCGAUACAAAUGCAAGAACGUCAAACCAAUGGUUAGGCGAAAAAUUCAGCCUAUGACAAUGAGAUAACAGAAGACAACUCAACUAGGUUUUGAAAUGAUCGUCAUCUAUCUUCUCCUUCAGUGCUUAUCUCAAUUUUAUCAUAUCGUACGAAUGUUCUACAAUUAUUUUCUUUCUUUUAUAAGACUCUAAAGGGAUUUUGUAGAUAUUCAAUCCUUUUAUUUUGUUGAAAUAAAGAACAAGAUGUCUCCUAUUUAAAUCUAUAAAACAAAUUAAUUGGAAAUAUGUUUUUGUAGUCUAAAAGAAUCUGAGAACUGAACUUUGAGUAGUUUAAUGCAAGAAAGUUUCAUAUAUUCGAAGAAAAUUAUAUUUCUCACCGCCAAAUAAACUGAUUCAAAAAGUGAGGGUGGGUGUGGAUGUAGGUAUGUAUCUUCUCUUCAUCUAAAUUCAGACUCAGACCCAUAUCCACCCAUCUCUUUAUUCCUCUCUUCCUAUUUUCAUAGUUCUCCUCUGCUCUUCUUUUUAUUUGUUUUUUUGUCUUUUAUUUAAAUGAGUGGCGCGUUUUUAAGUUUUUGUUUAGUUUUUUUUUCUUGAGUGUGAUAAUUAUUUAAGUGUUUACCUUAACAGUAAGAACGUGUAUUUUUUGAUGGUAG